UGCACCGGGGCUUGCCUGGAUAACACUAGGUUAGUGUUGUUAGGUGACGUCCACUUGACGAUCAGCCUUUUGUGUUGGCAUUUGUUCAGGCAGGUUCGUCCAUCAGCAUCACCCUGCGGAGUAGCCCGCGCUUGGGGUCGACUUGGCUCAUCUUUCGCAUCACGCGAUUAUUUAACGUAACUGAAUGGAAUGCAUUAUGCACAUGAAUGCAUAUAAACAGGAAUAGCAUAAAUCUAACUAGUGCUAUACCGACAAGAAUUAAGCACUUAGUGAUGAAGCGUCGUAUUAUUUUAUAUGGAAACACUAGUUAUCGACGUAUGACUAAGCGCAAUAAUUACGCUUCUCGAACCUAACACAAACAUCACAAACAACAAACUAUACACAUGAAAUACAAUUAGCCUAAUCACAACUUAUCAGUUAAUUAACUAAAUUCUAAACUUAUCCCUUGCUUUAUAAAUUAUACUACAUCUGUAUAAGUGAUUAAAAUAUUUCAUCAACACACAGGCCUAUUAAUAUUAUGCUCGGUACACUAAUUCAGCGAAUUGACCGAAAUAACGAAAUAACUCGCCAUAGCUGAAUCUGGCUCGAUAAUCGCAAGAACCGCGAAGUCAACGAGAGUUCCGUGACUCACGUAAUUUAUCGAGCACCUAGUGAGCAUCACACUAGUACAUUAAUUUAUUCAACGAUUGAACUAUUCCGAAUAAUUCAUCGGCUUACCAUGUCCGGAACGAUUUAAUAAUCGUAGAUCCACGAUGAGUAUUGGUUUAGACUUCCUAUCGAACACCUAGCAGGGGUUGUGUUCGAAGGCGGCUUCCAGGGGAAGAGCUCGAUAGGGGGCUUCAGAGCUCAACACAAGUGGCACGCAACUGGCAGAUAGAGUGUCGGGAUCGAUGGGCACGUCGUGACGCGGCGUGGGUUGACGACGAAGAAUAAAGGGCUACUGGCUUCGACUUCAGCACCAAAUCUCCUUCCAAAAUUAUGAUCAGCUUGAACUUCACACGAACAAUGAUGAGACCCUGGUUCAGGCCUUACGUCGAGUAGUCGGCAGGCGUCAUAGUUGGCUUCCGCUGUCUGCGCCGCCCACACCAAGAACCUCUCUCCCAAACAUAAGCAAGCAAGGGACCACACCACAGGUAGUCGACGAAAUCAACAUAGGACUGCAGCAAAGCUUCUAGAAUAGGAAGAUGAUAACAAGGUCGACGAUCGGACGCGACGCUAAUGCAGGAGCGCAGAGGCCAAGGUGCCAUGGCGUAGAAGCGUGCGGGAUCCAGCGUCCAAGGCUAAGCAGCAGGGGCGCCGAGGGAGCAAGGACGCAGGGACGCGCCAUGGGAACCUCGCGGCUGGUGAGAGCGCGCGUCGCACGCAGGAAACACGGCGGCCAUGGCGAGGGAGCAGAGACGGCGCACAGGGCUGAAUCCGAGCAGGGGCCUCAGCUGGGGAAACAGGAAGAAGCUCGCGGCGCUGAGAGCAGAGCGCGCGCGCAUGGCUGAAGUAGAGGAGAAGCAUCAGGGCUUGCGCAGGGGCGCGACUGGAGAAGGAAGAUCACGACGAGGAGACGCAUGGGACACUCCAUGGCUGAAUCCGGAGCACGCCGGCGAGCUCGCGACCCGGGGCGCGACGAGCUUGCUGCGCCAGGGAGCAAGAUGCGCGCGAGCAGAGGGACGUGAGGAGCAGGCGCACGACGGUUGGAGGGCUGGGGCAAGCGACAUGGUGGCCUAAGGUAGUGGUCGGUGUGAGCUCGGUGCUCGACGACCAGAGGUGUAUGCACGCACGCGAUCGAUAGGAAAGGAGAGGCAGCUCUGUGAGGAUGAGGGAGAGAGAGGAACCACCGACGGAGAAGGAGAUGAGGGAGGCGGCCGAGCGAGCUGAGGAGAUAAGCACCGUGACCAGUUUUUUUUGUUGCGCGAGCCUGUGCGGCAAGCAGUUUCAACCAAAAAAAAUCUGAGCGAGCAGAGAUAAGGAAGCUUGCGCGCUGGAAAAAUCAGAGACAGUGGAUAAGGAGAAGGAAGAUGCGCCCCAUGUAUCCGAUUGCGUGAACGGCGGCAGGAAAUAAGAAGCAGAGGAAUUCAGCGGUGGGGAGGAUAUUUUCAACAGGAUAUUUUCCCUUUCAUUUCCCCCUUUUUAUUUUACGCAAACGAUACAAAUAUCCAUACUCUGAGAUUAAAGUUAAAAGAGAUAUAAACGAGUCGGAUCCAGACAGUACUAGAUACAAAAUUCAGAUAUAAUUGAUUCAGCGAACACUCUGAAGUCGGAUGAAUCUGUACCGUUAAUUUACUUUUAAAGAUUUAGAUCGAGACGAGAAACAAAUGGACUGAAUCAUGAAACAAAGAAUCCGAGGUUUACGGUUCUGACUAAUUUUGUUUAGAUAGUUUUCGUGACUAUUUUGGGCAACACGUACACGGACUGGAUAUCGGAUACGUCAUUUGAGACAACACUGGUUUAGUCGAUCUCGGAUAAAAAUUUAUCCGCCAUCUAAACACAAUUGAUUUUAAUAUCUUACCGAGUGUGCUGAAGAAUAAAUUGGAUCAUAACCUCGCGCACGAUUUCUCAGUUCACGAGCAGAGACGGAAUUAUUUCACCCCAAAAACUUAGUCGUCGAGUUCUACUUAAUCUGUUUGAGAUGAAAUCGGGGACUGGACUGAAUUUCCAAAUUCGUAUUUGCGCGAGCGAUGAAUUUUAAAUAAUCACCGGACGCACCGAUUUUCGAAACAGCUAUGUUCCGAACAUCACGAAAAUUUAGAAAGAGCCCGGAUAGAUAAAAAUGAUGGCGAACUCGCGACAAAUGAAACGGAUGCGAUAUUAAAAUCGCGAUAGACGAAAAUGAUUAAAAUUUUGGCAUCCGUUUUAUCCACUGAUAUUACAUGCUUAAAUCCAUACUCGUUGUCGAGCGGAAUAUAAACACCAGGGGUGUUACAGUCCGCCCCCUCCGCCGCGUCCUCCAGGUCCUAGCAGUUCUUUUUUCCACAUCCUGUUUGAUCUCUCUCCGCUUGUCCUAGCAAAUCACCUUACGAUACGAUCUCCUCCAUGUUUCCUUUCCUGCUGGCAAUGGCAAUGCAGGGCCUGGAUCCGCUGACCACGGCGGGGCUGUUCGCGGAGGCGUGGUGCGUGGGCGAGAAGAAGGUGAACGGCGAGGAGUGCUUCAUCCUGAAGCUGGCCGCCGACCCGCAGAUGUUGAAGCUGCGCAGCGAGGGGCAGGCGGAGAUCAUCCGACACGUGCUGUUCGGCUACUUCAGCCAGCGCACGGCCCUGAUGGUGCACAUCGAGGACUCGCACCUGACCCGCAUCCAGCCGCACGCCGGCGGGGACGUCGUGUAUUGGGAGACCACCACCAGCUCUGCCCUGGAGGACUACCGCGCCGUGGAGGGCGUCAUGAUCGCGCACUCGGGGCGCUCCGCGGUGACCCUGUUCCGGUUCGGCGAGGCCGCCAUGAGCCACACCAAGACGCGGAUGGAGGAGGCAUGGAGCAUCGAGGAGGUGGCGUUCAACGUCCCCGGCCUGUCCGCGGACUGCUUCAUCCCGCCGGCCGACAUCCAGUCCGGUCCAGUUGGCGAGGCCUGCGAGCUGCCGCCGUCCCAGUUGCGCGCCAAGGCUGGCGUAGGAUCUCGAAGAGGCACUCGUCUGGGAGCGCGUUGAGCGACGGCAGCGGCAGCUGCCUCUGGUUCUUGGCUGCCCUCACGAACUCGGCCGCCGUCGUGGCGACCGCGGACGCGGCCACCAGC